UCCAGCCCCGCUCGGCUCUCCCCAGGGCACUGCGUGUGGCGUCAUUGCGCACAUACUGUCUGGAGUCCAGACGUGACGUCACAGUCUCAUCUCGCGAGAGUACGGUACUGUCGGAGCUCAGGCCGGCGGAGCGGAGCCGCUGGGUGUCUGCACGGUGACGGCGGAGAUUUGAACGGCAAUGCGCAACAUUUAAACAGCGAUCCGGGACUACGGCCUGUGUUAUGCCAAUGCCACUGGGAAACUACUUAGCUGGAACAAUGGCAGAUGCUGUUCACUACAUCCACUUGCAGAACUUCAGCAAGUCUCUCCUGGAGACUCUAAAUGCCCAGAGAUUAGGGGGACAUUUUUGCGAUGUUACCGUUCACAUACAUGAUGCAACUCUGCGGGCCCACCGUUGCGUAUUGGCAGCUGGAAGCCCCUUCUUCCAUGAUAAGCUGCUACUGGGUUAUUCUGAAAUUGAGGUUCCACCGGUGGUGCCCACCCAGGUUGUGCAGCAGUUGGUGGAAUUUAUGUAUAGUGGCUCGCUGGUUGUCGCACAGUCUGAAGCACUGCAGAUUUUAACUGCAGCCAGUAUACUGCAGAUCAAAACUGUCAUUGAUGAAUGCACACAAAUAAUAUCUCAGAGCAGAGCCAACAAACCAGUGAAAAUGACUGGUGCUAUGUCAUCUUGUGGCCCGCAAGGGAGAUCUAUUAACAAAAUGCAAGAGCAAGCAUCCAAAGAUUCAGAUGGUCCAUCCUCAAUAGGUUUAAGAGACUCCAGUUGUUCUCUUCCAUCAGCACUAAGAAAUAAUGAUAUUGAAAUAAUCUCGCAAAUGGGAACAGUCAAUGAAGCGCCCAAGAUACUCUGUGCUUCAGAAGUUCGUUACAAACUAAGAGAUAUGCUUUCGUCACAGCAGAGGCAACUGCCGGAAGUAAGGGAGAUAACUGUGUCCGAAGGGGAACAGGUUUCUGAAGGUGAAAGCUUAGCAACUGCCUACAUCACACAGACGGAGGCUCCACAAAGCUGCCACAGUCGCAAACAGCGUCAGCCUGUACGUCUUCAGCUUUCAGAUUCUGUCCCUGUAAUAAUCAAAGAUGAGGAUGAAGAAGAAGAUGAAGAUAGCAAUGCGAGGGAAGGUGGGGAUGAUGAGGAUAAAAUGACUGCAUAUAACGAGUGCAGUGGAGGCUUUCCAAGUUGCAGCGAAAAUGAGAAGGCCAGAAGUCCAGAAGAGAAAGUUCGCAAUGCCGGAAAUAGCAGAAAAGAUUCAACUGGUCAGAUGGAAUUUGCAUCAGAAGGACAAGAUUUCUUUACCAAUCAGGAUGUAUUCUCUGAGACCUUUAUACCUCCUUGGCAGAAUGAAGAAAACCUCGCUGAAGGAACUAGGGAAAACCCAAUAGAAAAUGCAGAGAAAUUCCGCCCAGAUUGCAGUUUGGAAGGUUCCAGCCUUAGAAAUCUGGCAGUUGUCGCUAGUGGAGACUUCAAAUCAAGUCCGCCAUUUAAUUCUAGAGUUGGUGAAUCCAGAACUCUUCCAUUUGUUGCCUCGGUAAUACCUAGAGACAUAAAGAAUUCAGUAUCUGCAGCAGCUGUUGCUACAAGCACUUCAAGCAUCUUCCAGUUCCACUUGACGCAUCCUAACCAAUCUCCUUCUGGUGUAACGCAAGGAUUUUUUAGUGUCCAGCAAGAUGGCACUGCUAAUGUUGUACAAAUGAACUCUAACAUGGUUUCUGGAUCCUUGCAAAAUGACCCAUCUCAGCGUCCUGGACCUUCUCGUAACCCUGAGCCUUCCUAUGUAUGCAGCCAUUGUCAGAAAACAUUCAGCUCCAGGAAAAACUACACAAAACACAUGUUUAUCCAUUCAGGCGAAAAGCCUCAUCAGUGCAGUAUCUGCUGGAGGUCGUUUUCCUUGAGAGAUUACCUACUGAAACAUAUGGUCACUCACACCGGGGUGCGUGCCUUCCAGUGUUCCAUUUGCUGCAAGCGUUUUACCCAGAAGAGCUCCCUCAAUGUCCACAUGCGCACCCACCGGCCUGAGCGUUUCCAGUGCUGCUUCUGCAAUAAGUACUUCUCCCAUCGCACCCUUCUGGAGAGACAUAUUGCUACACACACAGCCUGAGAAGGACAGACCGUUACAAUACUAGCAAAGGGCAUCUUCCUUACUCCUUAUGCUUAGUAUUUAUUUUGGAGUUGCUCCAGGUAGAAUAUACUUAUUAUGUUCCUAGUGAUAGAUAGUAAAUAAGGGGCCUUCAGUUUUUAGAACCUUUUUUUUUUUUUUUUUUUUUUUUUUUUUUUUUUUAGUCUCUUGUACAGUAAAGUGUACUUGUAUUGCAUGUCAACAUUUCCAAAGGUAAUGUUUGAAAACACAAUUACCGAAAAUGAAUUCUGUGCUCAACAUGCGUGAUACCAUGUUACUUUACUGCUAGAAUGGAACAUCCUGAUGUGUUCUUAUCUAGAAAACAUUUCAAAAGGGUUUCACCCUGUGCGAGAAGAGAACGUUUUUUGAAAUUAUUGCUUAUAAUGCAGUGAUGUCACGAGAGACUGUUGCGGUACCAUCCCUUGGCAGUCAAGAACCGCCUCUUACACUUGCUUGGUCUACAUUCUUCUGAAUGUGUUCUCUGUUAUGGAGUUUGGAUCUCCAGCGAAGACAUGAAAAAAUUGCGAUUCACAGUAAGGGGAAUCUAUUUCCAGGCAAUCAAUGCUUAAUGAAGUACCUAAAUAUAUGACUAUCAAAAUCAGUGUUGCGUUGCUGACGUUACCCAGGCACAAAGGUAGCUUGAAGAUAUUAGUCAGAAUAUCUGUAUACAUUCUAAUAUGGUUUUUGCCGGUUUGCCAUUAGCGGCAAGGGUUUUUUUGUUUUUUUUUUAUGGGCAUUGACAAGAUCCUUCAGCAGGGACCAUGCUACUAUUCUCUCUGCACAACCUUAAUAUAAACCGUAUCAUAUGUUGGCAAAUCAUAUAUUUAUAAAUAGACGGGACUGAAUACUUUUCCAUUUCACAAAAUUAGACAUAAAAGUGAUAUAACACCCGCUAACCUGUGCAAGGUUUCACAUAAUUGCAAAAAGGCACUAAUUACGUAAAACCAGCAAUUAAUUUAACCAUGUGAAUGCCAAAGGAUUGUGCUGCCCAUUGUGAAAUAUAUUGCACACCACUGACACGUCUGUGGUUAAGUUUUAUAAUCUUGUCACGUUGUGUGUAGCCGAUUCCUCCUUAAUUAUAGGCCUAUGUAAAUAGUGUAUUUAAUCACCUUUUAAAAUAUGUUUCUUAAAUUACUGUUUGUAUUUAUGAAUGUCAGUGUUGUUAGCUUUCAGACUGUCUGCCUGUACUGACAGCGGCUCCUGUAUGCAGUUUGUCACCCGUUUUUAUAUACAAGAUGUUAACGUGUGAAUGUAUUAAUGGCACUAACACCACGCGAGUAUGUAGUGCAGGCGCCACACUGGUGUAUAGAAAACAGAAGCACUUAUUAAUUCCUUAAGAAUACUGCUUGCUUAGGCUGAUCCCACACGGGGCUGAUUCUUAGCCUGCGAAUAAAUGCGGUCAGAGAAUCAGCUUAUCCCUGUGCCCACACCCGGAGCGGAUCUUGGCUCUCAUGUUUCAGAGACAAAAUGUGCUUUAUGUGACUGCUCCCGAGCCGACGCAUUGGCUCCAGUUACAGGCACAGGGAAAGUCCGAUACCAGCGUAAGGGCUGAUUCUGAUCAGUCCCAUGUGGCAGUAGUCUUAAGCAGAAGGUAGAUGUUGAUAGGAAUGCACAGAAUCUAUAAAUUGUGGGAUUUGGCUGAAUACUGAACUCUAUUACCAAAGAUCCGUCAAAUACUGAACCAAACCCUAAUUUGCAUACUCAAAUUUGAGAAAAAUAAUAAAUGGCAUCCAUUGGGAACAGAAAAAUGUUCACAUUCAGUUUCCCAGCUCUUUAGUGUCACACAACUUUAAAGGUUCAGAUUUGCUUCGGCCGAAUCCUGACCCAAGUGCUGGAUUCAGUGCAGCCCUAAUUCCAUUGGAUAUGUUUGUGUCGACUACUGAGAAGGCAAAGAUAUUCCACGUUGGGUACCUGCAACUUAUUGUGCGAUGCGGUAAGAACAAUAGUUAUUUCUUACUGAACGACUGAAUCCCUCAUCUUCCCUUUCCCCACUAUAGUAUUCUGUACCCAUAGCAUUCAAUAUGGAAGUCCCUCUUCACGUUAUAUUAGUAGUCACAAAGUAAUAUAGCCGUUUUACAAAUGUGUUUGUUUUGCAUGUCAGAUAGUUAAAGUGGAAGGAAAACAUUGCAGCAUCUGUUUAUUUCUUCUCUCUGUGCUUAAUCUUAGGCUGUUUUAGAUUUUAGGCUCCUGACAGCAAAACUGGGUGAAUAUUAAAGGGGCAGUGAUCAUUCA